CCAAGGGGGGAGAGGGCUGGGAGGUUAGUGGCUCUGAAGAGGCGCUAACGACCGGAAGAGCCCGUAAACACCCGCCCCUUCUCCUUCCCCUCCCUUUUAUCCUUAGAGUUUCGUAGCAGCGGGGACUUUCCGGGGCCUAGCGUAUGGCCACCGAAUUGCAGGGUUUGGAUUCCAUGCCCUGUCACAACCAGCAAGUAAACUCUGCCUCAACCCCAAGCCCGGAGUCGCUGCGACCUGGCGACCCAAUCCCGGACCAUGCCGGGGUAAACAGCGCCUCCAUGGCCAAGCUGACUCUCCACACAGGGCACACCCCUUCUAGCGUGCCAGCCUCGGAGCGGGACCCUGAGGCCUACGGAGGCGCCAGCCUCAACUCUGAAAACAACAGUGGUAGUGGUGAUGGUAGCAACUAUGAAGCACCAGCCCAUGACUUCCUCCUGGGAGACUGCGAACUCUCCUGGCAGACUGGGGCGCAGCUUAAACUGCUGCCCAUGAAUGAUCAGAUCCGGGAGUUGCAGACCAUCAUCCGGGACAAGACAGCCAGUAGAGGGGACUUCAUGUUUUCUGCGGAUCGUUUGAUCAGACUUGUUGUGGAAGAGGGAUUGAAUCAGCUGCCAUAUAAGGAAUGCAUGGUGACCACUCCAACAGGGUACAAGUAUGAAGGAGUGAAAUUUGAGAAGGGAAAUUGUGGGGUCAGCAUAAUGAGAAGUGGUGAGGCAAUGGAACAAGGUUUACGAGACUGCUGUCGAUCCAUUCGAAUUGGAAAGAUCCUGAUUCAGAGUGAUGAGGAGACACAAAGAGCCAAAGUAUAUUAUGCCAAGUUCCCCCCGGACAUUUACCGAAGAAAGGUCCUUCUGAUGUAUCCAAUUCUCAGCACUGGAAAUACUGUAAUUGAAGCUGUAAAGGUUCUUAUAGAACAUGGAGUUCAACCCAGUGUUAUCAUACUACUCAGUCUGUUCUCCACUCCUCAUGGUGCCAAAUCAAUCAUUCAAGAGUUUCCGGAGAUCACAAUUUUAACUACUGAAGUUCAUCCUGUUGCACCUACACAUUUUGGACAGAAAUACUUUGGAACAGACUAAGUUAUUGAAGGAAAAUGAAUUACCUU